CGCGCAUGCGUCUGGAGUGUUGGUAGCGGCGGCGGCGGCAGCGGCAGCGGGAGCAGUAGCAGCGGCAGCGGCAGUUGUGAGGGGGUUCUAGGAAGAUGGUGGUGAUUAAAGAAUUCCGUGUGGUUUUGCCAUGUUCUGUUCAGGAGUAUCAGGUUGGACAGCUUUACUCUGUUGCAGAGGCUAGUAAGAAUGAGACUGGUGGUGGUGAAGGAAUUGAAGUCUUAAAGAAUGAACCUUAUGAGAAGGAUGGAGAAAAGGGACAAUUUACACACAAAAUUUAUCACCUAAAGAGCAAAGUUCCUACAUUCGUGAGGAUGAUUGCUCCCGAAGGCUCCUUGGUAUUUCAUGAGAAAGCCUGGAAUUCAUAUCCCUACUGUAGAACAAUUGUAACGAAUGAAUAUAUGAAAGAUGACUUCUUCAUUAAAAUUGAAACAUGGCACAAACCAGACUUGGGAACAUUAGAAAAUGUUCAUGAUUUGGAUCCAAACACAUGGAAAACUGUUGAAGUUGUCCAUAUAGAUAUUGCAGAUCGAAGUCAAGUUGAACCUGGAGACUACAAAGCUAAUGAAGACCCAGCGUUAUUCCAGUCAGUCAAGACCAAGAGAGGCCCUUUGGGACCUAACUGGAAGAAGGAGCUGGCAAACAACCCUGACUGUCCUCAAAUGUGUGCCUAUAAGCUGGUGACCAUCAAAUUCAAGUGGUGGGGGCUGCAAAACAAAGUAGAAAACUUCAUCCAGAAGCAAGAAAAAAGGAUAUUUACAAACUUCCAUCGCCAGCUUUUUUGUUGGAUUGACAAGUGGAUUGACCUGACAAUGGAAGACAUUAGGAGAAUGGAAGAUGAGACUCAGAAAGAACUAGAAACAAUGCGUAAGAAGGGUUCCGUCCGAGGCACUUCGGCUGCUGAUGCCUAGAUGAGUCCCCCAUAGGGUCAGAGACAAUAUCAAAAUGUUUACGUAAUCAAGGUCAAGUGAGGGGAACAAGUGCAGCCAGUGACGAGUGAAGAAGAAUCUGACCAGUAUCUUGCAGUGUUGAUGUUUCCAAUGUGUGCUUGUGAUGACACACACAUGCACAGGUCCCCAGCUGCGUGUGUGUAUGUGUGUGUGUGUGUAGCUGUAUAUAGAAGGCAUGUAGAGCUACAGAUCCAGAUACACACGUGUGUAUAUAUGUACAUACAGACAUACUGAAGGGAUUAGUACAAUUUCUCCAAAGUACUGUACCUAUCUUGGGCAAGAAUGCAAAAGAAGAUAUUUUCAAUAUAUAUACCUGGAACAGAUUUUAAUAAUUAUCAGAGUAAUACCAUUAUUGGGCAAAUUGACUGCAAUGUGAUACUAGCUGGUAUGUUUCAUAAAUGUCAAGUUGUGGACCAAUA